AUGGGAGUAGCAAAGGACUGCGAUGCCGUCUCCGGGACUUCAGCAUGCUGGCAGUGCAGGCGAUCCAAGAUCAAGUGCGACAAGCAGCGACCGUGCGGGUCAUGCGUGAAGAGGGGCAGGCCCCACGAGUGCUCGACCUUCGAUGGAGAGAUGGAGCAGUCCAACGAUGAGCUCGAGGAUGAUGCACCAGAGGAGAAGCAGGUGGAGGUCAAGGAGGAGAAU